UGCUGAUAAAGGGACUCUGCUUUGAAUUAUACCGCUUAGCGACUUCAGUACAUGCCUCAUAGCUCCAGUCUCAAACUUAACCCCGUUCCUGCUUCAGAAGAGGCGGUCUGCUGGAUGGAGAAAGAAGCUCUCGUGAAAGAGAUGGAGGAAGAGGAGGCUGUUACAAUACAAAAACAAGUAGAGGUUGAGGCUGUUACCGUGAAAGAAGAGAAAGACGUCUCAGUUAAAGAAGAGGGAGACUCGUUCAGAGUUAAUAAAGAGGAGGACGACGACGUUUCAGUGAACGAAGAGGAGGGGGAGGUGACUGUCACAUCGGACAAUGAAGAAGAGGAGGAAACUGGAUAUCUGGGCCCGGUUUCCCAAGCGCAUCUUAAGGCGUCCGAUGGUUCUAACGAUGAACGGGCCCUGAUUAACACUAGAGAGAGACCUGACUAUGGUGGAUCCUCUGGGGGGCCUCAACAACCUCAUGAUUCUGACGAGGCAGAGGAGAGUCUCUCCACUUCAAAACACUUCAAGAAACACCAGCAGAGACCCACAGGGAAGAAAUCUCAUUGCUGCUCUGACUGUGGGAAAGGUUGCAAAUCUUCAUCAGAACUUAAAAUACACCAAAGAACACACACAGGAGAGAAACCUUAUAGCUGUGGUCAAUGUGGGAGGAGUUUUACCACAUCUAGCGGUCUGACAUUACACCAGAGAACACACACAGGAGAGAAACCUUAUAGCUGUGAUCAAUGUGGGAGGAGUUUUACUGCAUCAAGCAAUCUGAUAAGACACCAGAGAACACACACAGGAGAGAAACCUUAUAGCUGUGGUCAAUGUGGGAGGACUUUUACUACAUCUUGCGGUGUGACAUUACACCAGAGAACACACACAGGAGAGAAAUCUUAUAGCUGUGAUCAAUGUGGGAGGAGUUUUGUUCAAUCUAGCCAGCUGACUUCACACCAGAGAACACACACAGGCGAGAAACCUUUUAGCUGUGAUCAAUGUGACAAGAGAUACUCUGAUAAAAGAUCUCUGAUCAAACAUCAGAAAAUACAUACAUGAAGAAGUUGUUUCAAGAUAUCAAUGAAAUGUCAGAAUGUAGAAUUUUUUAAAACAUUGUAGUAGGUGUAUUUUAAUGAUGUGACAAUGUAGAAUGUUUUAACAUUGUAGUAGGAGUAUUUUAAUGAUGUCACAAUGUAGAAUGUUUUAACAUUGUAGUAGGAGUAUUUUAAUGAUGUCACAAUGUAGAAUGUUUUAACAUUGUAGUAGGAGUAUUUUAAUGAUGUUCUACCUUAUCGUUUGCCCUGUUCAAUUGAUUGCAGCAUGAUAUGGAUAUUAGCCUCAGGGGAAAAUCCAUGCUCUGAAUUGAAAUAUUAUUUAACAAAGUGAGUAACAAAAAAAGAGCUGUGUUACACUUACUGCGUUGGUGACCCACUUUAAUCAAAAUGCAGCACUUCAAAAUGUAGCCAGCUGUUUUCUACUAGUUGAAAAAGCUGCUUGUUUAAAAAAAUACAUGUAAUAUAAUAAUUGUUGCAGAUGAAAGCAGUAUAAUAAAUUGGUCUAUAAUCAAUUUUAUUAACAA